UGCGCUAAUCAAAACAAACAUGGCGGCUUCUAGACAUGUCGCCAGGUUGUUGGGUAUUUCAGUAAGACGUUCACUUCCUCUUGCUGGCUGUGGAUAUCAGAGUGCCCGAUUACAUUGGCCUUCACGUAACACAGGAGUCUCAAACAGAUGGCCACCAAACCCCCAAUGGGUUGUUCCCGGAAGAACCAUGUUUGUGCAGACACAGGAUACACCAAAUCCAAAUAGUUUGAAGUUCCUGCCUGGUUGUACAGUUCUUGAAUCAGGAACUAUGAAUUUUCCUGGCCCUCGUGAUGCUUACUGCUCACCAUUAGCCAGACAGCUGUUUAGGAUUGAUGGAGUCAAGAGCGUCUUUCUGGGCCCUGACUUUAUCACCAUAACAAAGUCUGAUACAAAUAUGGAGUGGAAAGUAAUCAAACCUGAUGUAUUUGCUGCCAUUAUGGACUUCUUUACAUCUGGUCUUCCUGUUGUUAAUGAGGACAGCAAACCUAGUCCAGACACAGCACCAUCAGAUGAUGAUGAUGAAGUAGUUGCUAUAAUCAAAGAACUGCUGGAAACUCGUAUAAGGCCAACAGUGCAGGAGGAUGGAGGCGAUGUUCUGUAUCGGGGGUUUGAGGACGGGGUUGUAAAAGUGAAGCUGCAGGGCUCCUGUACCAGCUGUCCCAGUUCCAUUGUUACUUUGAAGAGUGGAAUUCAAAACAUGUUGCAGUUUUAUGUGCCUGAAGUUGAAUCGGUGGUGCAGGUAAAGGAUGAGGAGGAGGCUGCUCAAAUUUGAAACACACUGACACCAGAACCAUAUUCACAUUCAGCUGUUGUGUAGCAUAGCUGUGUAAAGACCACCACCAUCAUCACACUUCCAGGUGUUAAUAGUGAUUUUGAUCACAGUUUUUGUACAAUGACAGUAUUUCGCAGAAGAGCUUAGUCAUAGAACAGAGUGCAGAGCUAUAAACUAUAGCUAAUAAUAGAAGUAAAUAAAAACUAGAGUGCUUCAUGGAGGUUAACUUUUAAAUUACUUUUAAACUUUUAAAUUAAAAGGUUGCUUCAUCCAAAUUACCAAUGAAUAAGUAAGUAAGAUAAAACAAAAAUGACACUUCACACUUCUUCCUAGUACCAUCUGGCCAUUUAGAUAGACUCAGUUUGAGAUGUCAGUCUUUGAAAUUUCACCAGUAUGGUGGAGGUAAAUUAGUUUGUGGUAGAGCAUAAAAAAUUACUUUAAAAAAAUCUAAGAACAAUAUCUCUUUCCAGAAUCUGUCACUGUUACUCUGAAUAGUCCACAUCCAUGAAUCACAGUGUCUGCUCUUUCUGAAAACGGUUGACAGUCUCGUCUGUCAAAACCAUCUCAUUCACCCAACCCCCAGACCUCAACAGAGGACAACCCCUCCUUACAAAUCUCAGUUAAGACGCCUGCAUAUACUGUAUUAUACUAUAUAAAUAAAGUUUACUGAAGCAUGUUA